AUGAAUAUCAACGAAAAGCCGGUGACUGCUUUUGACUUGGAGCCCAAUCCAUUUGAGCAGAGUUUUGCUUCAACGAAGAAAGCCACGCUGGGCGGACGACUUGCUGAUAAAAGCGUUGAGCAAGGUGGUGUAGCCGGUGUCAUUCCAAAUGGUUCUGCGAAUGGUGUGUCAGUUGGCGGUGCUAUUCCUGGUGGGCCAAGUCCGGGUGCUAGACAAGCUAAUGCGCCCCUUUUGGAUAGCAAGAGCCGAUUGCUGAUGAAUAUCGGUGGUGCUGGUGCUGGUGCUGGGCAAGCACCAGGACAAGUUGCUGGUGGCAUGGGUCCGGGGCAAGCAAAACCACCAAAUAUACAAUCACCUCCUAUACUAAGCCCUGGUGGCUCCAGGAGGUUGCCUCCCUUGACCCUAUCCCCAAACACAGCUAUCUCAAACGUACUUCAAGGACAAACUUCUCCAGGAGCAUUUUAUCUGAAUCUUCCUAAAACUGGUUUGACCCCAAACGAAUCCAAUAUUAGGUCAGGCUUAACCCCAGCACUAAUGAAUUCCAAUGGGACCGGAAAUGGCAAUAACGGCACAAGUGCUGUUGCAAACACAAACGGUUUGUCUGCUAUACCAGUGGCUCUAACUUCGUCUACUGGCUUGACUCCUGGGAGGUUCUCACCAAUGUUGAACUCCCUACUGAACAUGCCAAGGGGACCCGUUUUCCCUGUAGCGAACACAAACAACAACAAUAAUAAUAACAACAACAAUGCAAUCAAUAAUACUAAUACGAACAAUACCACUAAUAACAGUCAUAGUACGAACAAUAACAUUAAUAUGAAUAAUACCAAUAUUGACGGUAGAGCCUUGACCAAUCAAGCUAAGGACGAUAGCAUCCCAAAUAACAAAAGUCCUAACUCUUCUCCAAAUAAUUCAAAUAUUAUGUCUGUCGAUUCUAACACGACCCAAUCCGCUAUAUCAAAUUCGGCUUCUCAGCUUGUGCUUUCUCCAGAUAUAACCUUAGGGCAGGUGAAAAACUCGGACGGAAUGACAAGAGGUGUCUACAAUAAUGAUGAUCCUAAAAGUGUAGCGAAACAUAAAGGCGGAACACGUACACAAUCCAAGAAAAAUGGUGUGAAUACCGAAUUUGACAACAAGGAGAAUGUUUCGUCCGUUAAUGGCACCAAUAAUGCUACCGCAUCUUCUUCUACUUCGUUGAAGAAUAAAUCUGGUACGAAGAAGCGCAAAGUGAGCACAUCGAAGUCUAAACCCAAAUCGUCACCAAAUGAGUCAGAUAACUUUUCUGAACCAACUUAUGACGGGGGAUCAGAUGCAGGUGAUACUGAAGCUGAUAGAGCUCGUAAGAGACAAGAAUUUUUGGAAAGAAACAGAAUCGCAGCCUCAAGAUUUAGAAAACGCAAGAAGGAGUACAUCAAGAGGAUAGAGGCAGACUUGUCCUUCUAUGAAUCGGAGUACAACGAUCUAACGGCAUGCUUGGCAUCCUUAACAGGUAUUUCUCCUCAUAGCAAUAAUUCCAUGGGUAACCCUUCACUUAUCAACUCUUUGAAGCAAGCACUUAUAACACAGGACUUGAAAUCUGCUUUGCAGCUCUGUGAUAUGCUGGAACAUACUGUGCUAAAUACAAAAUAUAUUCAAAGAAAUGGUGUUAACCCAAGAGAACUGAGUCAUAGAUCCGAGGAUAUGGGCGAAUCGGACGCUUGA